AGAUGCUCCGGGGAACAUAAAGCAGUUGUUGAUGGCGUCAUCUGUCCUCUCAAUCUUAUUCUGCAACGCCGAACAUGGCCUUGCAAGCUAGCCUUCGCCCUUUGAUCAUUGCCGGGACUGCUGAAGCGCCCCAUACGCUCGACAUCUUCUUGGACUACGUCUGUCCCUUCAGUGCAAAGAUCUCUCUCGCCAUCGACAGUGUUCUCAUUCCCAUGCUCGGGCCUGGGGGCAAAUACCACGGAAAAGUCAAAGCGAUCUUCCGCAACCAGGUCCAACCCUGGCACUCGACGUCCACCCUUGUGCACGAAGCCAGUCUCGCCGUCGCGCACACCGCUCCAAACUCGUUCUGGCCAUUCUCCGUCCUCCUCUUCAAACGCCAAGGCGAAUACUUCGACAUCCCAUCCUCAACUCUCACGCCUAUACAAAUUAGAGAGAAGCUCGCCGCCCUCGCUGCUGAAGUAAUCCCGGCUGGAGCGAGGAGCGAGUUUGCCGAGUCGUUGAAGCUCAAAGACACUCCCAAUGGCGGAAACGCGGUUACAAAUGACCUCAAGUACACCAUCAAGUUUUCGCGUCAAAACGGCAUUCAUGUCUCGCCGACCGUUUUGUGGGAUGGAUUGGUGGAGAAUGCGAUCUCUAGUUCAUGGGGAGAGAAAGAGUGGAGCGAGUUCCUUGCAGCGAAAGUUUAUGUGUGAUUCGAGUCCAUUUACGAUAGCGAUCCGAGCAGAGCAAAACAUGAGUCCAGUUGCGCUGAGACUCUGGCUAGAAACAGGCCUGGGCAGGUCGGGUCACGAGGCCGAUGGCGACUCGUGACGGCGCCCGAGAGCCGAAUCUGUCAUUAGCCCACCAGCCAUUGUGCCCUCUCUUUUCUUCACCAUGGCUUCACCCGUGUCGUCUCUUACGGCGUCACGGUCGCCGUCGCUAGAACCGUCGCCAGAGCCAUUAGCUCAGCCCGACCACUUUUAUGGCGCCGACCCCUCCCACCUUCCGUCGCCUCAUUCAGAAGUGAAGACGUAUCUAUCUCCAGAUGAUGACCCUCUCGCAAAUCGCGGAAUCCCCGUCUUCAAACCGACCAUGCGGGAGUUUGCCGAUUUCGAACACUACAUGACUCGUGUCGAGGCAUGGGGCCGGCGAGCAGGCAUCGUCAAGGUGAUACCUCCGAAGGAAUGGACCGACGCGCUACCCGACAUCAAGCCCCAGCUUGCAAACGUGAAGAUUAAGAGUCCUAUCGAACAGUUCAUGCGUGGACGUGGGGGUCUCUUCCGUCAGGAGAAUAUGGAGAAGAGGAAAGAAAUGAGUGUGCGCGAGUGGGCGGAGCUAUGUGCGAAGGAUGAUUUUCGGGCGCCCAGCGUCGAGCAGGUCGGAUUACACAACAACCCGAGUGCGCGCGCUCCACUUCCGAGUCGAAAGAAGAAGAAACCGGCUGUUCCUAUAAGGGAGGAGGAGGAGGAAGAUGCGCAAGUACCAGGCUCCAUUGCGUCUCCGCCGAACAGCGCAUCUCCUGAUCCCGAAGACGCCAUUCCUUCGACAUCUGCGAGCAACAACAAGGCUCGAAACCGCCGCAUCGAGCGUGCUGACAAGGACGCCACGUUCAUGGAAACUUUCAACCCGCAUCUGGAUUGGCACCCACAAGGCACUUCUGCGGAGGACUAUACACCUGAGUUUUGCUACAAGCUAGAGCGUGCUUUUUGGAGGAACUGUGGUAUUGGGAAGCCUGCUUGGUAUGGUGCCGAUACAAUGGGUUCUCUAUUCACCGACGAUACACGAUCGUGGAACGUAGCCCACCUACCAUCAACACUAUCACGUCUGCUGCCCUCCGCGCAAGGACUCCCCGGCGUCAAUACUCCAUAUCUCUACUUCGGGAUGUGGCGGGCCACAUUCGCUUGGCACGUGGAGGACAUGGACCUGUUCUCAAUCAACUACAUUCACUUCGGCGCGCCCAAGUUCUGGUACGCUGUCCCUCAGGCCCGUGCCAAUGCGUUGGAAAGCACCAUGCGCGGAUACUUCCCCAAAGACACGUCCCAUUGUCCGCAGUUCCUCCGUCACAAGUCGUUUCUCGCGUCCCCUACUCUUCUAGCGCAAUCUGCUGUGCGAGCCAACCACCUCGUUCAGCACGCGGGAGAGUUCGUGAUCACCUAUCCUCGAGGGUACCAUGCCGGAUUCAACCUGGGCCUAAAUUGCGCUGAGAGCGUCAACUUUGCUCUGGAUAGCUGGUUGGACGAAGGGCGCAAAGCUGGUGCCUGUGCUUGUGUCGACUUUAGCGUGCGCAUCGACGUAGACCAGCUUCUGGCGGAUCGUGCAGCCGAGCGGGAAGCCGGUUUGGUGGCUGCUCCCGCCACAGAGCCUACUCAGCCCGCGAAGCCACGCAGUGAUCGUAAGCGCAAGGCACCCAUUCCAUUCGAUCCGGAAGGGCCACCAGUGAAGCGAGCCAAGCCUGCGAAGACGCACAAAUCUGCCGUCGAAAAAGUGACUUUGAAGCUCGGGUUGGCAUCUGGUGCGACCUUUGAGGAGGACACCUUCCCAUGCUGUCUAUGCGUUGACCACGGCACGGAGGAUCUGGUGCGAGUACAUGAUCUGCCGAUGGCCUGGCGAGAGCUGGGCUCGGCUGCGAGGAUCCAUUUCCCUGACAGCACCGGCGGCUUGGGUGUCUGGAUGGCUCACGAGUCAUGCGCGAUGGUCCUGCCGGACACAUGGGUGGAUGACGUGAAUGGCGAGCGGUUCGUGUUCGGGGUGGACGGUAUCGUUCGCGGGCGAUGGACCUUGAAAUGCUCGGUGUGCACACGGCAUCGUGCCAAAAGUCAUGGUGCUCUUAUCCAAUGCACUAAGGGCAAGUGCUCCAAAGCGUUUCACAUCAACUGCGCCCGAGACGACCCCAGAGUUGCCUACACUGUGGUAAACGAGGUUGAGAAAGAGGUCGUCUUAUUGGAGCCAACGUGCGCCGACUCUGACAUGCAUGUGCUGAAGACCAUCAAGAAGAUCGAGGUGGAGACAAUGUGUCCGCAGCAUAAUCCGGCUGUGAUUGACGAGCGCCGGGCUUCGAAGCAACGGAAUCUGCGGGACGACGUAUUGGCUCUGCCGCCUUUGGCUCGUAUCAAGUUGCGGAUGAGCUCUGGCAUGUUCGAAGUCACGCUAUUGAAGGUGCUGGAAGAGAAGAAGAGCAUCCAGGUCUCGUGGAAUCUGGGCGGGGUGCGCGAAUUCAAGUGGUCGGCGAUUGUCUUUGGACCCGGAACAGUGGACAACAGCAAUGCUGUCGCUGGCCCAAGUUCUGUCACACCAACCCCGACUACGAUAACGAGCUCUUCGGCUAUAGCCAGUGCUCGCGUAGCGCCUUCUGAAAACCCUCGACCUUCAUCAACGACAGCAGCACCACGGGACAACUUCAAGCAUUGGAUCCAUCCGAAUAUAGAAACUCCGUCAGUGUUUGCCGCAACCACCGAAACAGUUCCAGCUCCGAGUCCUGGUGCAGGACGAGGGCACUACCCGAGUCGUUGUUACACGCAGCCGUCAGCUCAACAGAGCUGGACAUACUACCAAGUGCCGCCAGGUUCACAGCCUCCGAAAAAUCCGCCGCUGGAUCCUUCCUUGCGCUGAAACGGCUGUCUGACCUCUCGCGCACAGUACUUAAGAUUAUAAAGUGAUAUUUAUCAUGAUACAGUACUCGCCUUGUGUAAACGUUGUAAUUUUAUCUUACAAUGAACCAUUCUUGGUCUUUUUGGACCAGAAUGCUGUCGAGUUU